AUGAGCACGCCAUCCAAUCCAUCGAUUACUCUUGAUCGAUCUUUCGAAUAUCCCAGUGCAACUCAUAGUUAUCGAGUCCGCUGGACUGUCCUGGGCCAUUCCUCCAACCCUCCUUUAAUCUUCAUCCACGGCACUCCAUGGUCUUCAAAAGUGUGGUAUACCUAUGCAGAAGCCUUUGCAAAAUACUUCCGCGUCUACUUGUUCGACAACCCCGGUUUCGGAGAAAGCCCGCUUGGCCAGCCCUUGCCAGAGAAACAGCACUUGAUCACCGAGGACAUAGCGCUAGACGCGGACCUCGCGCAGCAGUCAGAGGUCUUUGCCGCUCUUUACAAAUUCUGGGAAAGGGAUUGGAAGGACGGGCAGAGAGCGCAUGUUGUUGCUCAUGACCAUGGUGGGCUGAUGAGCUUGCGUGCCUUCCUCCUGCACGACUGUGUCUAUGCAAGUCUGUGCUUGAUCGAUGUGGUUGCCAUAGGUCCUUUUGGAAAGCCGCUUUUCAAGCUGGUUGCUGAGAAUGAGAACAUCUUCCACGCCUUCACGGGACCUGUUUUUGAAGGAGUUGUGGAGUCUUAUAUUCGUGAUGCCGCCCAUACCGAGAUUGGGAAAGAGACUAUGCAUAUGUUGAAAGCCCCUUGGAUCAACACAGAACAGGGGAGAAAAGGAUUCGUUAGGCAGAUGGCGCAGGCUAAUAGUCGCAAUACUGACGAAAUCGAGAGCCGGUACCCUGAAAUUGGACGGAGGAUAUCCAUACGUAUUAUCUGGGGAAAGGAAGACAAAUGGCUUCCUGUGGAAGGGGCUUAUCGACUGGCUGAAAAGCUAAACAUUUCUCCAGGUGACGUCGCUGAGAUUGAAGGCGCUGGUCAUCUGGUCAUGUAUGACCAAGAAGGGAAAUUAGGGGUUGAGCUAGGAGUAUGGUUAUCUCAAACGGAGAAGUGA